AUGAAGACAUUUGUGGAUGCCUUCAGUGGGCAGGUGUUUGACAGCAAGGAGAGCCUCUCCACUGCCGCUGAGUGUGUCAAGGUGGCCAAGGAGCACUGCAAGCAGCUCAGUGAGAUCGGCCUGGACCUCACCUUCACGCUGCAGUCCCUCCUGGUCAAAGACAUCAAGGCAGCCCUGCAGAGCUACAAGGAGAUCAUUAUUGAGGCCACCAAGCACCGCAACUCUGAGGAGAUGUGGAGGAAGAUGAACCUGAUGACUCUGGAGGCUCUGACCAAGCUGAAGGAGGAAAUGCGCAGCUGUGGUAUGAGCAGCUUCAAUCAGUAUACAGGAGACGACUGCUGGGUCAACCUCAGCUACCCCAUCGUGGCCUUCACCAAACAGAUGAUGGCUUUUCUGGAGGAGGGGCUGAAGCUCUACUUCCCAGAGCUGCACAUGGUGCUGCUGGAGAGCCUGAGGGAGAUCAUCCUUGUGGCUGUGCAGCACAUUGAUUACAACCUACGGUGUGAACAGGAGGCAGAGAAGAAAGCCUUCAUUCUUCAAAAUGCAGCCUUCCUGCACGAUACUGUACUCCCUGUGGUGGAGAAGAGGUUUGAGGAAGGAGUGGGGAAACCUGCUAAGCAGUUACAAGACUUGAGAAAAAGUGCACGGCCCAUUCGUGUCAAUCCUGAUAGUACUAUGUCUCAGGUCUAGUGGGUGGAUGAUAACCUGGUGUGAACAGCACUUUGAUGACACUGUUGAACUUCAAAUCAUUGGCCAGAAUUUAUUAAAUCGAUUUAUUCUGUCGUAGAGGCUAUUCAGUGAUAAUUCUUUCUGUUUAUUGUGAUGUUGAAGAAAAUGACAUCGAGAUAG